CGCUGUGAUGUGGGGAUCCCCGGACUCAGGCUUUCCCUCCUAAUGCUCUUGCGUCUGAGGUCCUGGAGGAAGGGGGUGGGGAGCGGCAGAUCUAAUCACUUCCGACCCAGGGUUCUGAAGCCAGGCCGGGGGUGAUAAGAGGCCCUCAUUUCUGCCUAUGAUCUUGAGCUUGGCGCUUCGCUGCGCUUGGCCUCCAUUCCCUCGGGUCUAAAACUGGAGGAUUCACCAUUCUUCUCUCUCAGUUGAGGGAACUGGAGGGGGUGUGACGUGUGACCUUCAGUGCUCAGCACAACCCAGAGCAUCCCUCUGGAUGCGGUUCUGCAGAGGGACUGCCCUGGUGCUGCUCUUAUCUUAGGCUCCCUCCACGGGGAGUGUGGCCCUCAGGCCUCCCUGCCUCAGGCCUCGACCAGCGGAAAGCUGGGAGAGGGGAUGCCAGCCUCCAGAGCAUAGGCAUUGGUAUCAUUUGAAGACGUGGCCGUGACCUUCACUGGGGAGGAAUGGAGACAUCUGGACCUGGCCCAGAGGACUUUAUACCAGGAGGUGAUGCUGGAGACUUGUGGGCUCCUCGUCUCCCUGGGGCAUCCUGUUCCCAAACCAGAGCUGAUCUACCUGCUGGAGCAGGGGCAAGAACUAUGGCCAGUGAAGAAAGUCCUCUCUGAAAGCACCUAUCCAGGUGAAAAAACAAAACCCAAGACCACAGAGCUAACUGCUUCUCAGCAGGCCUUCACUGAGGAAGCACCUUUUGAGGAACGCGUGACACAGGCAGCCUCAAGAGGGUCCAGGUUGGGGCAAGCGAGAGAUCAGGAAAAGCUAUCAGAAAUGCAGGAAGGGAACUUGAGGCCAGGAACAGACCCCAACAAGGAGACAUGCCCUAGGAAGUUGAGCCAUAAACCUGACGAUUCGGAAACAGAUGAUAGUCUGUGUUUAAGGGUUUUACAAGAGCGAGUCACUACACGAGAUGCUCUGCAUGAACAUGAUUCACAAGGACCAGGAAAAGACCCUGUGAUUGAUGCAAGAAGUAACCUCUACAAAUGCAAGGAAUGUGGAAAAGGGUUUAGCAAGAAUUGGGCCCUCGUUCGGCAUCAACAGAUUCAUGCUGGAGUGAAGCCCUAUGAAUGCAGUGAAUGUGGGAAAGCCUGUCGUUAUAUGGCAGACUUCAUUCGACAUAUGAGGUUUCAUACUGGGGAAAAACCAUACAAGUGUAUCGAGUGUGGGAAGGCCUUCAAACGCAGGUCUCACCUCACAGAGCACCAGCGUGUUCACACUGGAGAUAGGCCCUAUGAGUGCAAAGAAUGUGGUAAAGCUUUCACCCACCGCUCUUCUUUUAUCCAGCAUAAUAUGACUCACACUAGAGAAAAGCCGUUUUUGUGCAAAGAAUGUGGGAAAGCGUUUUACUACAGCUCUUCCUUCGCUCAACACAUGAGGAUUCACACUGGAAAGAAACUCUACGAGUGCAGUGAAUGUGGAAAGGCCUUUACUCACCGCUCCACUUUUAUCCAGCACAAUAUGACCCACACAGGAGAAAAACCGUUUUUGUGCAAAGAAUGUGGAAAAGCUUUUUGCCUCAACUCGUCCUUCACUCAGCACAUGAGGAUUCACACUGGAGAAAAACCCUAUGAGUGCAGUGAGUGUGGAAAGGCCUUUACUCACCGCUCCACUUUUAUCCGGCAUAAGAGGACCCACACUGGGGAGAAGCCCUUUGAGUGCAAAGAAUGUGGGAAGGCCUUUUGUGACAGCUCUUCCUUAAUUCAACACGUGAGGAUUCACACUGGCGAGAGGCCCUAUGAGUGCAGCAAAUGUGGAAAGGCCUUUACACACCACUCUGUUUUUAUCCGACAUAACAGGACCCACAGUGGAGAAAAACCCUUGGAAUGUAAAGAAUGUGCAAAAGCCUUUUACUACAGCUCUUCCUUUACUCGACACAUGAGGAUUCACACUGGAGAGAAGCCCUAUGUAUGCAGAGAAUGUGGAAAGGCCUUUACCCAACCUGCAAAUUUUGUUCGGCAUAAUAGGAUCCACACGGGAGAAAAACCCUAUGAGUGCAAAGAAUGUGAGAAGGCUUUUUGUGACAACUUUGCCUUAACUCAACACAUGAGAACUCACACUGGAGAGAAACCCUUUGAAUGUGGUGAAUGUGGAAAGGCCUUCAGCCACAGUUCAUCCUUCACUCACCAUCGAAAGAUUCAUACCAGAGUUUAAAAGAUGUAGGAAGGCCUUUUGCAAGCGUGUUCACUUCAGUUUUAGUGAAUUCUUACUGAUGAAAUACCUUUCCUUUUGAAUAUAAGUAUUCAAGAAAAUCUUUUGGCUAGAGAAAUAUCUUACUCAGUAUCUGAUAAUUCAUACUGAAGAGAAACAUCAUAAUCGUCAUCCCUGUGAAAGGUUUUUGUGGCAGGUCAUCUAAAGGGUCAUUAGAAAUUGACCCAGCCUAAAGCCUUACAUUACACCUGAGAAUCAUCCAGGAGAGAGACCCAGUGGUUAUCAUGCAUUUAGGAAAAAUGUCAGCAACAAUUCUUCCCAUGUUUAUAUCAAAAAUUCAUCUCAAGAGUAUUUUAAAAGAACAAGGAGAAGUAGAGGAGAUGUAUAAGAGAAAGGAAAAACAAAUGCAUAUAUGGCUUCUUUUUAAUUUCCCUGCCAAGCUUGUGACAGUUUGUCAUUGCAGGGAGAGGUGUUGGGGUUAUGAGAGAUAAAAAGGCCUCGUCCCCUGUAUGUAUUUUUUAUACAUCCAUAGCCAGGAGGCUUGGACCAUUGAAGGCAGCUCUGCCAACAUUUAUUAAAAGUAUUCUUUAUUCCAAAACAUUGUCAUGUCUGCCCUUGAGAAGCAUAAGUCUUUGUGAGAAAUAUAAAGGCCUGAGUUAUGAAAUACUUAUUACAAAUACACACACAUGCAUAUAUAUGUGCAGUCAAUUUUUGUUAUUGAUGGUAGUUAUAGCCUAUAAAUUCACCACAAACACUGAAUUAGUGAAUACUGAACCACUGCUCCUAGGGAAAAUACAGGUUUGGGUUCCUCUGAGCCUCUUCACAACAUUUUCAUCAACCAAUCAAUACCUAACCUUUUAUGGAAUGUUUUUUUCUGUUUAAAGACACCUUCUUUAAUAUAUGUUCCUUAUAAAUUAAUGCAGUAUCUCAUUAUAAUAAAAAUAUUUCAAUUA